GCGCUCGACUUCCGGGGCGGGCAACUGGGGAAGGUGACCCAGGCCGCAGGGCGGAGUCCCGCCGCCGCCUCUUGCGCGCAAGUCAUGCCUGCGCUGCGCAGAACCGGCCUGCUCUUGCAGUCACUGGCCGGUUCUUUUGCAAGGCUCCUUCGUGCCCAGCUCCCUUCAACAACCCUGCAGAGAAGGACCUAUUCAGCUGCUUUGACAGCCCAGUCAGUGGUCGCUGCCAAGCAUCCCUUCCAGGUGAAUCUCGAAGCGGGGAAAAAGUACGCCUGGUGUGCCUGCGGCCACAGCAAAAAUCAGCCUUUCUGCGAUGGCUCUCAUCGAAAAGCCGCCCCGAAGAUCUCUUCCCUGAAAUUCAAACCGGAAGAAACCAAAGAAGCCUGGCUGUGUGGUUGCAAGUGCACCAAGAACCCUCCGUACUGCGACGGCACCCACAAAGAAGACUUUGUGCAGAAAGCCGACCUUGGAUGCCAUCCACAGUUAUGAAGCAGGAGGGGAGAGGUCUCCGUGGAGCCUGAGAAAUGUAGCUGUGGGUAGAGAUUCCCCGGAUGUUCUCUUGGACCAUCUGCACUGAAGCGGAGUCCUGCUGAAGGGCUUGCUCUUCAUGAUCUGAUGUGUCACCUCGUGGUAGGUUGUGAAACCCAUGUGACAUCGGGCAUUUUGGCGAUUGGCCAGUGGAAGUGGGGGAUAUUUUUGCUCUUUUCUGAAGAUGCUGCAUUAACACUGCUUCCCUCCACCUUUUGAAAUAAAACCUGUUUGAAAUCCA